CACAGACCGAAGCAGGCUCUUAUUCAGCAAUCUUCACUGACAUUUACAGCUGUCGUCUGAUACUUGUUCCUGCUACAGCUAUACUGAAUUGAAGCCACAAUGCCUCAUUGUCAGCAUCACUUGGUUUACCUUAUUGUGCUUUCAGGCUGUUAUGCUUCUUUUGCAUAUGGAUCAAUGGUAAAGGGAGAACUUGGAAAGACGGUCCAUUUACCCUGCAGUUAUGAUGCUGAUAAUCAUGGAAUCCUACACAUGUGCUGGCAAAAAGGACCAUGUUAUCCAUUUAGUAGUGGGUGUUCUCCUGAAGUGAUCAAAACAGAUGGAAAGAAAGUCACACAACGAAAUUCAAAUCGAUACAGAUUAAAUGGUAACCUACGUCGUGGUAAUGUAACACUCACUAUUCUCAGAGUGACUGAAGAAGACAGUGGAAAGUACUGUUGCCGUGUCGAGGUUAAGGGUCUCUUAAAUGAUGAGUUCAGUACUGUUAACCUAAAUAUUUCAGCAGGAAAGUCAGCAGCUGGAUCUAGGAUUCAGAAGACAAAUACAUUUUCUGCAUCAACUACUUCUGUUCAAAGUAGAGGUAUUCCACAUACAUCUUCAGAAUGGAAUAUAGCAACAACAAGUUAUUCAUCUGAGGUUGAAAACAUUGAUGGAGGUAAUGUCUAUGCUGUUACUAAACUUCAAGAAAAUGGAAUUCUUGUGCUGACCAUUGUCAUUGUAGCAGCGGUGAUCAUUUCAUUUGUUGUCAUCAUCUUAGUGUUAAGAAGUAAGUGGAAUGAUUUUUACACAUUUGAAAACAGCUACAAAUGUACAUUUCCAUUUAAGUAUUUUUAG